AUGGCUUGGUAUGCAAUCCAAAAUGAUCGUGAUCGGAUAGGCCCUACAAAGAAGGCUAAAAUAAGCAGUGGUUCGGACGAAGAUCAAGCCAUCACACCGCAUCGCAUGCAUGAUCAGGAAAUCGUCGAGCAACUGACGCAAGUAGAAGGAUUAUGCCAAGAAUUACGACGAUGUGUUAUACGUGAUGUCUCAACGGUUCAACAAGCUUUAUCCUCUCCAUGCCUACUAUUUGAGACACCAGAAUUGACUAUAGACCCCAGUACUGUGUUCAAAGAAUUGUACCCAGCAUCCAUGAACGAUAUCCGAAUGUGGAAUAUACGUGAAAUGAGGAUCUGUAUAGAGUGGGGUAAAACGUUUGAUGCUUAUCAACGGCUAUCCCAUUUUGAUCAGGUAGGGAUAUCGGUCAUCCUUCAGUUUGCGAUGAUUAUUUCCAGUUGUCAUUUAGGUAGAGCAUGAAG